AUGGCCGGGAUGGACCAUGGCGGCGGCGGCGGCGGCGGCGGCGACGGGAGUGCUCAGGGCCCGUCGCGCUACCUCGACCUCCUCCUCGCGCAGCUAUCCCCCACCACGGACGUCAAGGCGGAGCAGCUCUCCAUGGAGUCGCCGGAAAGGAUCCCCGCUUCCGCCUCCGUCGCCGGCGCCGAGCCCCAUCCCGAAGGAGACCAGAAGCCGUCCUCUUUGGCUAUCGUGCUGGCGGAGGGCGGCGGGGGAUCCGCGCGGCGAACGGGGCGCCCGCGGGGAAGGCCGCCAGGGUCCAAGAACAAGCCCAAGCCGCCCAUCAUCGUGACCCGCGACAGCCCCAACGCGCUCCACUCCCACAUCCUCGAGGUCGCCGCCGGCGCCGACGUCGUCGAGUGCCUCGCCACGUACGCGCGCCGCCGCGGGCGCGGCGUCUGCGUGCUCAGCGGCGGCGGCGCCGUCACCAACGCGGCGCUCCUUCAGCCCGGCGACCUCGUCGCCACCCUGGCCGGGCAGUCCGAGAUCGUGUCUCUCACGGGCACGGUGCUGCCGCCGCCGGCGCCCCAGGGGGCCAGCGCUCUCUCCGUGUUCCUCGCCGUCGGGCAGGGGCAGGUUGUCGGCGGGACCGUGGUCGGCCAGCUCGUCGCUGCCAGGCCCGUGUUCCUCGUGGCCGCCUCGUUUGCGAGCGCCAUCUACGAGCGGCUGCCGCUGGAGGGGGGAGAACAGCAGACCGCCACAGCCGCGGAUGCGCAGGGAGCCGCUGGGGCGGCAGCGCAGUCGCCGGGCGCUGUACCUCCGCAGCAGCCCGUAGCAUCGCCAUCGUCCGAGGUGACCGGAAGCGAGGUCGGUGCCGGCAGAUCGUCAUACAAUCUUGGAGAAAAUGUUGGGAGCUAUCAGUUGCCCACAACCAGCGUCGACAUCGGGAGCUCCAGCGGCGCCAGGCCAUGA